ACGGCACCAAGAAUCCGCCGAAAUCAGUUGGCGGUAAGGCUACUCUCUGUCCGGCUUAUCAGCGAAAUUACCCAGCAGCAGUGCGAUAGAACGCCAGAGAAACACCGGCUUUCUUAGACGGAACAUUACACCCCCGAAAUGGCACCAACUGCGGGUCAGGUGAUCAAAUGCAAAGCGGCUGUUGCCUGGGAGCCGAAGAAACCGCUCGUGAUCGAGACAAUCGAGGUGGCCCCACCGAAGGCCGGUGAGGUGCGGCUGAAGGUAGUCGCUUCGGGGGUGUGUCACACCGACGCAUACACUCUCGGCGGUCUGGAUGCCGAAGGUGUGUUCCCGACCAUUCUCGGCCAUGAGGGCGCCGGUGUGGUGGAGAGUGUUGGCGAAGGAGUGACCAAGUUCCAGCCCGGCGAUCACGUCAUUCCGCUGUACAUUCCCCAGUGCUACGAGUGCCGGUUCUGCAAAAGCCCCAAAACUAAUCUCUGCCCGAAGGUGCGCGCCACGCAGGGCAAGGGCCUGAUGCCGGACGGUACGAGCCGGUUCACGUGCAACGGUAAGCCGGUGUACCAUUUCAUGGGCACGUCCACUUUCGCGGAGUACACGGUUGUGGCCGAUGUUUCGCUGGCGAAGAUCGAUCAGAGCGCUCCGCUGGACAAGGUGUGUCUGCUGGGAUGCGGCAUACCGACGGGAUACGGAGCGGCACUGAAUACGGCCAAGGUGGAACCCGGGAGUUCGUGUGCGGUCUGGGGCCUCGGAGCGGUGGGAUUGGCCGUGGUGAUGGGUUGUAAGGCAGCGGGCGCUAAACGCAUCAUCGGGGUGGACAUCAACCCGGAGAAGUUCGAAGUGGGCAAGCAGUUUGGCUGCACGGAGGUGAUCAAUCCGAACGAUUACACGAACCCGAUCCAGCAGGUUUUGGUCGAGAAGACGGACGGUGGCUUGGACUACACGUUCGAGUGCGUAGGCAACGUGGCCACAAUGCGUGCGGCACUCGAGUCGUGCAUCCGGGGUUGGGGAGUGUCGGUGGUCGUCGGGGUGGCCGAGUCUGGCAAAGAAAUCUCGACCCGCCCAUUCCAGCUGGUGACCGGGCGCACCUGGAAGGGCACGGCUUUCGGUGGCUGGAAGAGCGUGGACGGAGUGCCGAAACUCGUCGACCAGUACCUCAAGCGGGAGCUUAAGGUGGACGAGUUCAUCACGCACACGAUGGCCUUGGAGAAGAUCAACGAGGCGUUCACGCUGAUGCACGAGGGUAAAAGCAUCCGUUCCGUCGUCAAACUGUAGCCCGGUUCCGUGGCACGCCAAAAACUCUGUUCCGCAACGCUCGGCUGUCCGUCGUCUUUUACCUCAAUAGCUGAAAUCGCUGCUGGUUCCUGCUGGAUUUAAGGAAAUAAACA